CCCAGAGCUCCAUUCCCAUGGGACCUCGCUCCCAUGGGUCUCUACUAUAGGGUCCCGCUCUCAGAGAAGGAGACUCCUAAAGGUCCUGUCCCCACUGUACCUGCUCUCAUAAGAGCCCCGCUCCCACAUGGUCUUUCCCCCAGCUCCACCCCUCUGCAUGGGAGGUCCCUUUGGAAUACCCCCAGCAUGUCCUACCUGGCCCGGGUGUUCCGAGGCCUUUCCCUCUCCCUCUGACCAGCUCUGUGUUCCAACAGUGAAUAGUGUUUAUGCUUCACUGUUUUCAGCACGUGAGAGGGCUAUGGAGCUGCCUGGGGGCCUUCGGGCCAGACCAUGGGCAAGAAGCUGUGGAAACCAGAUCCAGACAUGCCCCCUGCCUAGAACAAGGUGUCCUUUGGCAUGAAGAACAGAUUAGGGUGGAUGUGGGCGGACUUCUGACCCGCUUGUGGGGACACCAAGAGCAGGUGUCUGGAGUCACAAGAUGGCCCCAGCUGGACCCAGCAGGCUUUCUUUUCCUUGGCUGGGACCCAGGAGACCCUGGCAGGUGUUUAGGGUCUGAGGACUACAAUACCCUAGGUCAGCCCUGCCCUCCCUCCACACCCACCUGGCCCUGCCGCACUUCCCGAAGAGGAGCAUUGGCCAGGGGGGGCAUGAAGAAACGGGUUUCUGUGCAAGUUUCACCAAUAUCGUUCUUCAGUCAGGCCUUGUCCCUCUGGAGCCUGGUCACUGCUGGGAUGGGCCCUUGGUGGGCUCUGUGGCUGACUCUCACCUUUCCCCAAAUCCUGGAGGGCCAAAUUCCAAGCAAGCUUCAAGGCUUUCCUGAGCUGACUAGCUUCCACAAUGACCAGUUUCAGGGGGAAUGGUUUGUCCUCGGUCUGGCGGGCAACACCUACAAGAGAGAGCACCGGACCCUGCUCAGCCCCUACAUCGCAUUGUUCGAGCUGAAAAACAACAGCUAUUUUCAGGUGACCAACACCAUGACUCGGGGCAAGCGCUGUGACGCUUGGUCCUAUGCUCUGAUCCCAACAACCAAGCCUGGGCAGUUCACCGUGGAGAACAAAGGUGAGCGUGGCAUGAGUGGGGAGGGCACCGCUGCCUUGGGGACCUCACAUGUGUGUUCCUCGGGGUCAGAGACUGGAGCAGACAGAGAAGACAUACACGUCAUCGAGACAGACUACACCAACUUCGCCCUGGUACUGUCCCUCAGACAAACAAGCAGCCUGACCAUCAUCAGGGUCAACCUUCUGGGUAGAAAAUGGAGGCUUCCUCAUAAGCCAAUAGACAGGUUUGUCUGCCUGGCCAGAACCCAGAACCUCACAAAGAACAACUUCAUCUUCCCCGAUGUGACCGGUAAUGGGUUUGCAGCAGUGGAUGAUGGGAAGGGGGAUGGGAUCUGGGGACGAUGGUGGCACCUUCCCCAGCCUUCACAAGUCCAGUGCCUAUCCUCAGAGGGCAAGUGCUUGCUACAGAGUUGUUCAGCCUGAAUCAGCAGGGAGGUGCUCAUGGCUCAUGCUCUUAUCUGAAUCCCAGGCCACUUCCUCCCAACCCUGUGUCACUGUCCCAGGCUGCCCCCUCCUGGCCCUGGUUCUGUCCCGGGAGGAUAGUUCCCUGCUCACAGGAGACUGGAAUUCAUCCAGGGAAGUCCUUGAAUUUGGUCAGCCUCUUUCUGGCAGGAAAGUCUCCGGGAGCCCAAGGCCAAGGGGCUUCAGGGCUGAGCCCUGUCUUCAGCCUCACUCCUCUCAAGGAUGGAUCAGGAUCCCCUCAACUCCCGCCCUGUCCAAGGACCUUCCCCAUCAUGCCUCUCCAUGCAUACCU